ACAAAAAAAAAAUUCCUCAACCAUCGAAGUUGCCUUCUUCUGUGUAUAUAAAGCUCCUAAUGGUCGUUGCGCUUUAGCAUCAAACAAUUCUCUAAUCAAAAUCUUGUUGCUCACAUGAACCAUCCUUUAACCAUUGAUGCUGUCUUGUUGAAAGAAUGAGCAGUGAGAGAGAGCAGGAGAAUCCUCCAAGUUCUCCCAAACACUUCAAUCAAACAAUGGCUCCUUUGGCCAUUGAAAGUGCUACCAGUGCCCAAGAAAUGCUGGACCUUGAGAAAAAUGGUCACGCUGAAAGAGCUCAGUGGGUGCUCAAUCCUCCUGAGCCACCAAGUCUCUGGCGUGAGCUCAAGGAUUGCAUGAGGGAAACUCUGUUGCCUCAGUGCAGCAACUUUCUAUCCUCCAGGAACCAAACUGGGUUCAAAACUGUGAUUUCAGUUCUGCAAGCUAUGUUCCCCAUUCUCACUUGGAGUCGAAAUUACAAAGCAACAAAAUUCAAGAACGAUGUUCUGGCUGGACUGACUCUCGCUAGCCUUUGCAUUCCUCAGGGUAUUGGAUAUGCAACCUUGGCAAAGCUUGAUCCUCAAUAUGGCCUCUAUACAAGUGUAAUCCCGCCUCUCAUUUAUGCUGUAAUGGGAACUUCAAGAGAGAUAGCAAUUGGACCAGUUGCAGUGGUUUCACUUCUUUUGUCGUCAAUGAUUCAGAAAGUUCAAGAUCCUGAAUCUAAUCCAGCUGCCUACAGAAAUCUCGUCCUCACCACAACCUUUUUUGCAGGAAUUUUUCAGGCUUCCUUCGGACUAUUCAGGUUGGGUUUCCUUGUGGAUUUUUUAUCCCAUGCUGCAAUUGUUGGUUUCAUGGCAGGGGCAGCCAUUGUUAUUGGUCUUCAGCAACUGAAGGGACUGCUUGCAAUUACUCACUUCACAAACAAGACUGAUGUCAUCUCUGUCCUAAAAUCUACUUGGAUUUCAGUUCAUCAUUAUGUAAUGUCGUCUUAUCUCUCAAUUUAUUUUUUACUAUAUUGCCCACUGUAUAUUAAAUUUCUUUUUCUUUCUUCCCAGUGGAAUCCUCAUAACUUUAUUCUCGGAUGCUCAUUCUUAAUCUUUAUUCUCAGCGCAAGAUUUGUGGGUAAAAGGAACAAGAAACUCUUCUGGCUGCCUGCAAUUGCUCCACUGGUUUCUGUUGUUCUAUCAACACUGAUAGUUUUCUUGACAAGAGCUGAUAACCAUGGAGUAAAGAUCAUAAAACACAUCCAUGGGGGCUUGAACCCAAGCUCAGUCCAUCUCUUAGAGUUCAACAACCCACAUAUUGGACAAGUGGCUAAAAUUGGGGUCAUAGUUGCUAUUGUUGCUCUUACGGAAGCAAUUGCAGUAGGCAGGUCUUUUGCAUCCGUGAAAGGCUACCAUAUAGAUGGAAACAAAGAAAUGAUUGCUAUGGGAAUUAUGAACAUUGCAGGAUCUUUCUCUUCCUGCUAUGUGGCAACUGGCUCGUUCUCUCGCAGUGCAGUGAAUUUCAGUGCUGGUUGUGAAACUGCAGUGUCAAACAUUGUGAUGGCUAUCACAGUGAUCAUCUGUCUGGAAUUUUUUACAAAGCUUUUGUACUUUACACCAGUUGCAAUCCUUGCUUCAGUUAUCAUUUCUGCUCUACCAGGACUCAUUGACCUCAAUGAAAUCUACAAUAUCUGGAAGGUUGAUAAGUUGGAUUUCCUUGCCUGCAUUGGGGCCUUCUUCGGUGUCUUGUUUGCAUCGGUGGAGAUUGGGCUAUUAGCUGCGGUAACCAUAUCGUUUGUGAAGAUCAUCAUCGUUUCAAUUCGACCAGGUACUGAAAUUCUUGGAAGACUUCCUGGAACUGAUACGUUCUGCGAUGUAGACCAAUAUCCUAUGGCCAUUAAGACUCCUCCUGUGCUUAUAAUCCGUAUCAAAUCUGGCUUCCUUUGUUUUGCAAACGCCAACUUCGUCAAAGAAAAUAUCAUGAAAUGGGCAACUGAAGGAGAGGCAAAGGACACCAAAGGAAUCGGGAAGAGGACUUUCCAACUUGUGAUUCUUGACAUGUCCAAUUUGACGAACAUUGACAUAGCAGGAAUUGCUUGUCUUGAAGAACUGCGAAAGAAUCUUGUCUCAAAUGGAAUGGAGCUAGCCAUCACUAACCCAAGGUGGCAAGUGAUACACAAGCUAAAACUAGCCAACUUCGUGGGCAAACUUGGAGAAAAGAUCUACUUGAGUGUUGGAGAAGCAGUGGAUGCAUGUCUGAAUCCUAAAAUAGCUGCCAUUUAAAUGGAAAACCAAGAAUAUAUAUGUCUGGUUAUCUUUAUUAGUGUGCAGUCCCAUGUAUGUCUGUGUAUAAAUGGGACAAGUAAUUAAUAAACUAUGCUUUUUAAUCCUCCCUAAUCUUAGGACUCUGUAGUACAAAGUCCGAGAGGGAAAAGGCAUCUGUCACUUGUAUUGUCAUUGGCAUUGAUUAAGCUCUGUGCACUGUAAAAUUGUUGCUCUC